AAGAUGAAGGUUAUUGCUUUAACUUUGAUUCUUUCAAACGUUGCUUAUUGCAGGCAUGCUCCUCUAUUCGAUGGCACUGAUGCAACUUUACCGAAAAACUUGAAGAACAACACAGUCAUGGAUAGUAUAGAAAAGGCAAAUGAACACAUGAGUGAAAAAGACAAGAAGGAUGCUCAUAUAUUUGARGGUGACAUUGAACUGACCUCGAGUCUUGAAGGGAGUGUGGACACCAAAAACUGUAGCGARUCAGAAAACGCCAACGUCGACGUGGACAGCAUCACGAAUAAUAGCAAAAGGAAAGCAAUAAGAUCCAGGCUUUUUGUAUGGAGAUCGAGAACUGUUCCUAUCGAAAUAACACAGGAAGUUGCCAAUGAAAAGAAUGGAGAGAAAAACGUUUGGGAUGCCACAAAAGAAAUAGAAAAGAACACUUGUGUGAAGUUUCGAAAGAAACGAUCUGGCGAUAAGUAUUGGAUCAAGAUGUUCAAAGGCGGAGGGUGCUUUUCAAAGAUUGGACGUCAAGUAGGAAUAAGAGGCGGUCAACCCCUAUCAAUAGGACCAGGAUGCAACAGUGUAGCUGUCAUAUUACACGAGUUGCUUCACGCCCUKGGUUUUUGGCACGAGCAAUCAAGAACAGACAGAGAUAAAUACGUCAAUAUCUUAUGGGAAAACAUCGUAGAUAACAUGCGAGGACAAUUCAAUAAGUACGAGGCCGGACAAAUGGACAUGGUCGGUGGAAUGUACGACUUUGACAGUGUGAUGCAUUAUGGGAACUAUGCCUUUUCCAAGAACAGAAAGCCAACAAUGCUGUCAAUCAAAGAUCCUAAUUUGGCAUUCGGGAGAUACCGACCGACACUAAGUAAAGUGGACAUUGUACAAAUCAACUCUUUGUACAAUUGCAAAACUAAAUCAGGGAGUUGGAGUUCGUGGACCGGUUGGGGACCAUGUGAUCUUGGUUGUGAACGGAAAAGAGAAAGGUUUUGCCUUGAAAAGUCUAAAAAGGGUUGUCCUACCGCUGACCAGCAUGGGAUCGAGACUCAAAAGCGCAAAUGUGAGAAAGAUGAAUGUAACGUAACUAUUCCUGGUCAUUGGGGCCGCUGGGGCACAUGGGCAAGAUGCAGCAGAACCUGUGGACAUGGUUACACAACGAGRUCAAGAAUGUGUAACAAUCCCAAGCCACGAAGAGAUGGAAAGGUCUGUGACGGGCCUUUUGUWGAAGCAGCAGACUGCAUGAUGGCAAAGGAAUACAUGCGAGGACAAUUCAAUAAGUACGAGGCCGGACAAAUGGACAUGGUCGGUGGAAUGUACGACUUUGACAGUGUGAUGCAUUAUGGGAACUAUGCCUUUUCCAAGAACAGAAAGCCAACAAUGCUGUCAAUCAAAGAUCCUAACUUGGCAUUCGGGAGAUACCGACCGACACUAAGUAAAGUGGACAUUGUACAAAUCAACUCUUUGUACAAUUGCAAAACUAAAUCAGGGAGUUGGAGUUCGUGGACCGGUUGGGGACCAUGUGAUCUUGGUUGUGAACGGAAAAGAGAAAGGUUUUGCCUUGAAAAGUCUAAAAAGGGUUGUCCUACCGCUGACCAGCAUGGGAUCGAGACUCAAAAGCGCAAAUGUGAGAAAGAUGAAUGUAACGUAACUAUUCCUGGUCAUUGGGGCCGCUGGGGCACAUGGGCAAGAUGCAGCAGAACCUGUGGACAUGGUUACACAACGAGRUCAAGAAUGUGUAACAAUCCCAAGCCACGAAGAGAUGGAAAGGUCUGUGACGGGCCUUUUGUWGAAGCAGCAGACUGCAUGAUGGCAAAGGAAUGCAGAGGAAAAUAAAAACUGAGGAUUGAUUAAAAGGAAAAAUAAUAGAAAGCGUAUUGUAAUUUAUAUAUAUUUUUAUAUGAAAUAGGAAUGCAUGUUCCACUUGAAAAAUUCAACAG